CUGAAACUUAUUCCAAACUAAUUUUAACGCUCAUGCUGAUAUAAAAGAAACAUUUAGAAGAAGGACUGUUGAGUAACGUGUUAGUGUUUUAUUUGUUUAUUGAUAACUAGGAUGAAACGGGAAAGUAUUAAAUGGAAACGUAACUUAAAUGUUACUUUCAUUAUUCAAUGAGACGAAAUUAUGCUUUAUAGUAAGCCAGAGAGCAUUGUGCCAAUCUAUAAUUAUAUGCAGUAAUAAACCAGUAACUCACAUAUCUUUACAAGCAUGACUUACGUACUAAUGAAGGUUUUCUUAUUAGUGUAGACUAAAUGUACUUACCCUGAAUGGAGUUAAAAAGUAGGGCAAAACAUUUUUUAAAUAUUUAUUUGUUUUGAGUAGUUCCACAGCUAAUGUUAUUCAGUGAUGACAAUUACUAUGCAGUGAGUUUUGAUUGGUAAAAUUAUGUCCAAAGUAAUCUACUAUGUAUAUUGUUGUUAAAAUUUGUGAAUUAUUUUAGGUAUCAGAAAUCAAUAACAUAUAAAUUAUGUUUAUUUAUACUUACACUUUAAUAGUACAGUUUGUUGAUCAAUGCAUUGUUCUUCCUAUAAGAAACUGGACUGUUUUCAUAAUUUUAUUAAAUUUUUAGAAUGAAUAAUACAUAUUUAGAUAUUAAAUUUCAAUUAAUAUUAAAUCGCUUGUUUCAUUUUUCAAGAUAGUAUGAAAAGUAUAGAAAAGAUAUUUUAUAGCUUUGCUCAUUUAUUUAACAAUAAUAUGUGCUUAAUAAAGCGGUUUUACAUUCUUUUUAAUUAUACCCACUCUGGGGAGGUAAUAGAAUCUUAUAUUGUUUCCUGCCUACACGAUAUAACUUCGUAUUAUAAUCUUUUGGAUUGGGACGUUAUCAUGAUUAUUUGUCGUCCACGCUCCUUAACAAAGUUCAAUAGAUGGCUUGCUAAUACAUCUGUUAAUAAGAAAUGUCUUCGUUAAAUAUUAUAUUCAAAUAUUGAUUAAUGAUAGGGGAUUUUAACAGAUAUCCUUUAACUAAUGUUCUGUAUUAAAAUUUGUCAUGCUAAAUAUCACUAUAAUUGAGUACAUGAAUUGCCAGUUAUUAUUUUUUCGCUUUCUUUACAUCUAAUUUCAACAUAAGAAUAAACAUCAGUACGGUUAAGUUCACUUAGAAAAACUUGUUUCAAUUAAAUUGAUUUUUUGAAAAUACUUUUUCAGAGCAAACGGUAUCCUAGUCACUAGUCAUUAUAAUCUAAUAGGUAAAAAGGCGAGACUAUAAUUUAUGGACGAGCCAAUCAGAAGCGUUUUGGGGGAUUCCAAGAUCACGGCUUUAAUUUCAGUACCUGAUGCUCACGUACGAUUGGUUCACAGAGGAUUUUAUAGAAAAUGUUAUAAUUGAGUGGCUACAACAAAGGGGACUACUAAAAAGUUCCUUUAUUUGUGAGUGUGGUAAUCAAGCGACUUGUGUAUCUUAUGCAGACUACUGUAAUAAUUUUGUCUUUCAAUAUAAUAUGUGUUGGAGGAAGAAGUCUGCUAGAAUAGGAUUUUUUCGCCCGAUCCAGAUUGAGACUAUGACAAACUAUGACUGAAUCAAAAAAGCACCAGUAUCACUGGCGACAGCCGGGUGCUACAAUAUAUACAGAUGAUUAGAGAAUCUACAGACGCCUAUAUUUACUUGGUUAUGUGCACUUUGUCGUUAUCCAUAAGUGACAUUUUGUGGACCCAACAACCGGAAUGCAUACAAACAAUAUUGAAGCUAUAUGGUCGAGGCUGAAAGAGUUUUUGAGACUUUAUCAUGGCUCCAGAGGCAGACUAUUCUGUAGCCGUAUGGAUGAUUUCCUCUACUGCAUGAAUUACGAUUUUAAAACCUCUGAACCUCUUCCUAACCUUUACAAGUUUUUGAAUCAUGUAAAUGAAAUGUGUCCACUUUAAUUCUUUGGUUUUAUAUAAUAUAUUUUUGCCGUAUACUAGCCGUUUUCUGAUUGGCUAAUAUUUCUCAAGGUCACUUAGGACUCGUUCAAAGGUUGUCCAUAAAUUAUAGUCUCACAAUGUUACUUUAUCUAGACCAUAGAAUUUUAUUCAGAAAGAAGUGUUGUUGUCACUGAUUUCACUCAAUGUUUUCAGUAUAAAAUUGAAAAGUAAACAAACUCUUAUUUUAGGAUAAUGUCAGGUAUAAGUACGUGAUGUAACAACUUUAGAUCCAGACACUAUUGAGUCCUGAUACAGUCCUGAUAGAACUAUCAAUUACAAUCAAGAUGAUCAGUAUGUAUGAAAAAAACUUAAUAGUUACUACUCUGGUGAUAUCUAACAUGACAGUAACUAAUUCCAUAUAUUAAAAUGUUAGUUUUAUUAGAAACCAGUAUCGACUGGAUUGUUUCAACAAUUUAUUGGUAAAACAUAUUGUAAAUGAUUAAUAUUAACGAAUUAAAUAUUUAUCCAUAGGUAAAUUACACAAUGAGCUAAUGAUUAACUCAUGGUUAUAGGUUAAGAAUGACUUUUAUGUUAAAAAAGAAUAACUGAAUUAAUCGUAAAAUGAAAUUAUGAUUUUACUUACAUUUACACUACGAAAUAAUGUAUUCAUAAAUUACAUAGUGGCAACAAUCAAACAGUCAUGAUAGAAACAGUCUCACGAUACAUAAGGGUAAAAAAUGUUGACUUCUUUGAAUGUUUAUCUAUAGAAAAUUUUGAUCAACUUCAAUCAUGCAUUGCUUUAUAUCUAUCGAAAAAGUAAAUAAAACUUAAUGACUACUCACUUUUUUCAUUUGACUAGUUUAUAUUAGACCUAAGAUAUCAGUACAGAAAGUGACGUUUUAGUAAACACUUCACCAACAGGAAUUAUAUGUAUGAGUUUGAUUAUUAUAAAAAGUGAGCAAUAGCUUUCAAAAGUGACAGGUAUCAAGUUCUUGUUUUAAGGUACGGGGUUUACAUUUUAUCUUUCUUCAUUACCCGCUUUUACCUGGAACUAACAAGAACAAAAGAAAUCAAGAGGUCUGUUUUAUAAUUAAAUAUUUCACAUUUUAAAAUCUAAACCCAGUGUGUAUUAUAAUUAGGUAUAAACACAUUUUAUAAGUGCUUAUAGGUUUUAAAUUCUCAGGCUACCGAAUACCUUCUUAAAUGAUACUUAUUUUUAAAAUAUUUCUAUAAAAUGUAAAACGAAAAAGUGUAUGUGAACUUUUCCGGAUUUUUCAGUAAUAAUGCACAUUUAUAGAUAGUGAAUAAAAUAAUAGAUAGGUCAUAAUUAACGUUCAUAAACUUAAACACACUAUUAAACAAUAUGUGUGUUCAAUUCUAAGAUAAAGAAGCUAUAAAACAAAUUCUAAAAGUAUUUUAGAUAUCAAUAAAAUUAUUCAUUAUACUGAUCUAACACAGGCUUAAAGCAACUGAGUCAGUAAAAGGGAUUAUUUAAUAAAAAUCGAAAACCUAUUUAUUUAAAGAUUUAUUUUUAUCUUAUCUUUAAUCUUCUAAUCAUUGUGAAUCCCCAAUCUGUUUGAUCUCGACAAAUUGGAACAUAAGGUGAUAAUUUUGAAAAACAGAUUGGAGAUUUUGAUAUGUGAAGCGACUGUAACCUUACCUUCUGUACGUUUUCAAAUGUUACGCAAUAUCAAGCACUGAUAUUUUACUCCAAAAUACAUUUGUUUAUGAAUAUGAAUCUCUGAAGGUCGAUUAUGGUAACUGGCAAGACGUUUUAAAUGAAUUAAAAUAGCUAGUUACUCUGUUAUUAUUGGUCUGUUAUCUGAUUUCAAGGUUUAGUAUGAACCAUAUGAAAUAACAUGUAAACGUAUAUGGCAAGAUCAUUAUUAAAUCAAUUAUCUCAUAUGACUUGAAUGUAUAUGUACAUGUGAUUUUAUAAAAAUAAAGUGAGACAACACAGCCACUGAAAGAUAGAUUAGAUAUAAGAGUAAGACAUUCUUUAUUGAAAUACGUAAUUAAAUUAUAGGAAUCUAUGCAUAAAGAUCAGAAAAACUACCCGUGAUAAGUUUUCUUUACAAAAUGUACUUAACAGAUUUCAUUAUUAAAACCUGAAAUUAACAUAUAAGUAGGUUAUUUGUACAACUAGACGAUAUAUCAAUUCAGUGAACUAUCUAACGAAGUAAAGAUUUCCUAGAUGAAGAUAAAGUAAUUCUGCUUGACAUGUCAACUUGGUGUAGAUGAAAAGCUAUUUUAUCGGAAUUUUGGCCAGAUCAUCCUGAUCCAUCCAGUGUAGUUUAUCAAUGGGAGCGUCGUUUACGAAGUCGAGGUUUGGGAACAAAAUCCAGUCAACAGUUUGAUGCAAACAAGCAUUUAUUAUUUGAGAUUCCAAAAUCAAAGCAAAAAUUAUCACUGAAAACAAACAAUAUCAUUUCCAAUAUGAAAUAUUCGUCGAAUGAAUCAUUUAUAGAAAAUGAGAAAAAAGAUAGUGGAUUUGAUGAGUUAACAAUUAAUAAUAACAUUUUACCCAAAAUCGAUGAAGAGCAAAUUCAUGGAGAACAAUCUAUUUCAUCCACAAAUAAUUCUAUUAAUUUUAUUAAAGAUAAAUCAAAUAAAAUAUCAACUAUAGAAACUCAUUCAAGACUGCUAAAACAAAUCAAUUCCCCUCAACAACAUCCUGAUUAUGUAAAGCCAAAUCACAAUUACUCAAAUUUUAAAGUAAAUUAUUCCCCUCCUUCAAAUGUAGAGGAGAAUAAUUUCUUUCAUCCAGAAAAAUUCUAUGAAGAAUUAUCAUUAAGUAAUAAAUCCAGUAUAAAAUUACAUGAGAACACAUUCAAUUCAAAAAAAUUAAUAAAACCUCAAGUAUUAAAACCGGACGACAUUAAUAACGAUAUGAAUAAUACGUUACUUCAUGUGAAUUCAGUCACAUCAUUUUCACCGUUCUAUUAUUCAGUCUAUCAACAGAAUCUUUCAAGAAAUCAACAGAAGUCAUAUCAAAUUCCAGUGUAUCCCUUUCAUUCUCCUUUCUUAUUGUCAACUUCACUAUUUCAACAACAACAUAGAAAUCAUCAGUUGAAAAAAUCGGAUAGUUUAAGUAAACUAUUAUCAAGAUAUCAUAACUGUUUACAGAUUGGUGAAAGAGUUCUUCAACGAACUGAAAAUCGUCGUCAUGAAUUGGCUAUGAAAGAAAAUAAAUUACCAGAAAAUCACUAUGUUGAUAAAGUGGCUGAUCGAACUUCACUAGAAAUUAGAACUCAAGGGAAGGAUCUUUUGACAUUAACUAACUGUCAUAAAGAUAAAGUCCAAAAUCUAAAUAAUAAUUCAACCAAAUUAACUAUGAAUACAUAUACUACUGCUAUUGAUAAUAAUAAUGCACAGAUCAAUAAGAUUGGACCACAUACAGAGGAGCUAAUACAGCAUUCUUCUGAAUUAACGAAUCAGUCAUUCAUUGCACAACAAUUUAAAUUAAAUCAACAACCGAAAACAAACACAUCGGUUACUAAUAAUAAUGCAUCUAGUAUUACUAAAAAUAAAGAUGGUAACACGAGUAGUGUCAUCAAUAAAACACAAAGAAACAUCAGCAAUAUCACAUUUGGUAAACAAUCUCAUCAGUUAUUACAGUCGAAUCAUAAUGUAAAAACAAAUGAUAAUACUAAUCACUGCAGUAAUAAGGGAUUUAUUGAGAAUGGACAAUCAUUAGUUGACAUUAACACAUCCGUAUUAAUCACUGAUAAAUCCAAAAUCCAUGAAAAUCAUAUUAUUAGUGAUAAAGACAACAACAUAGAGAUAGAAACUAAACCCCAGAAAAUGGAUCAUAUUUCGGAUGCCACGAAAAAUAAUCACUCACCUGGGAUUCAAACGGAAAUUUCAGCCGAAAAAAAAUCAUUGUCCGUUGCACACGGUCUUCUAAAUGUAAAACAAAAGUCCUCCGAAAUUCUAAUGAACAAAACAUUUGAUAAAGAUGUAAAUCAAGUACCAAAAGAAAAUAACGAUGAUACCACUAGAUGUAAUGCUAACAGAGAUAUUAUAACGCAACAAAAUUUGAAUACAAACGCACCAGAUGUAGUUAAUAAUAACAUUACCACAACUGCUGCUACUAAUAUUAAUCAUAUCACUUCUGUCAAAAUAUUAGAUGUUUCUGAUAGUACACAACAAAAAUUAAUUGCAAAUUGUUUUACAGUUAGUGGAUUUAAAAAACCAAAUAAUGAUAAAUUGAAAUCAGUUUAUACGGCAGUUGGAGUAACAUAUGUUUCAGAUCCUGAUUAUUUAUCGAAACGUUAUCAAGUUGGUCGUAAACUAGGUGAUGGUAAUUUUGCUAUUGUUAAACUAGGAAAAAGGCGGGAUACAAAUGAUCAGUAUGCUUUAAAAAUAAUUGAGAAAAGUAAACUUACGGGUAAAGAAGCCAUGUUAUUAAACGAAAUUCAUAUAUUACAUCAUUGUCGUCAUCCAAAUAUUGUACGUUUAUAUGAGGAAUUUGAAACUGCAAGUGAAAUAUGGCUUGUUAUGGAAUUUAUUAAAGAUGGUGAUCUGUUUGACGGAAUUACUCAAGCAACAAAGUUCACUGAACCGAUAGCUGCUGGAAUAGUAUCUGAUUUAGCCAGUGCUUUAUUUUAUUUACAUUGUCGAUCUAUUGUACAUCGAGAUUUAAAACCUGAAAACAUAUUGUUAUUACGACAGAAAAACGGUCAAAUACGAGUCAAACUUGCCGAUUUUGGACUAGCCUUAGUGGUGAAAAAAAGUAUGUACACUGUAUGCGGAACUCCAACGUAUAUUGCUCCAGAAAUAUUAGAAGAAUCAGGUUAUGGUCUUGAAGUCGAUAUGUGGGCGUUGGGGAUUAUAACCUAUAUUAUGUUAUGUGGGUUCGCUCCAUUUCGUAGUACUGAUCGAAGACAGUCAAAGUUAUUCGAAAGUAUAAAACGAGGUCAUUUUGUAUUCCUGAGUCCUUAUUGGGAUAAUAUAUCAACAUAUGCCAAAGAUUUGAUCACUUCACUUUUAGUUAUUACACCAAAAUCAAGAUUAACAGCUCGUGAAACUUUAGCUCAUCCAUGGGUAUUUGGUUCUGGUUUACCGAAUUUAUCAGAAGAAUUUGAAAAACGUCGAUUAGAUUAUCGAAAUGAAUUAGAAAAAAAGCAUAAUGAAUUUAAACAAUCAAUGAAUGAAAAAAAUCCAAUUGAUUUAUUUGAUAAAAAUAAUACUAAUAAAGAUUAUAUCAAUCAAAAUGUUAAACUUAAUGAUAUAAAGAAAUUAGAAUUGCCAAAAAUUACAAAAAUCAAAGAAUUACAUAACUAGAUUACAGAAUCUAUUUUCAUAAUCAUAGAAUUUUCAUAUAAUUGUUGAUAAUGGUGGAGUAUUUAUUCUCUUAGUUACAAAUCUUCUCCACCAAUGUUGAUCAUGAAUGAUCUCAAAAUGUUCUUAUUUUUUGUUGUCUUUGAUAUUUUCAUCUUUUAAGAAUAUUGAAAAGCAGCAUUUAUGAUUAUUAUUAGUAUUUUCGUUCUAUACAUUCAUAAUGAAUAAAGGUUAGAAUUAGAGUUCAUUAUAAUAAUUAACUAAAGUCUAUCUUUUUGAUUAAACAUUAAUGCUGUCAAUGAUUCCAUAUUUUUUCUGUAUUGUAUAGUACCGUGUCUUUCAUUAAAGAAUAUUAUGAUUGAUAAUUUUUUUUAUUGUUAGGUAAUAAAAAAACCAAAGAUAAAAUAACAUUGACUAAGUUAUAAAUAAUAAAAAAAAUAGAAUAAAAUCUUAUUCUGUAAACAGUUUUGUUAUAAUUUUUAAGUACGAACAGCAACAAAAACUGUAUGUACUUUAGAAAUUUGUAUAGAAUAAAGAGGAAUAUGAUAGAUUAAAAUACAUUAUGAAUAAAGAAUAUGCUUCUUCUUUUACAUUUUCCAUAAACAUCCCUCUUUCUAUUUUAUUUUAUUUUUUUUCAUUAUUUAUUUUUAACUCUUUAUUUGUUGUUGUUGCUGCUUUAUUGUUAUUAUUAUUAUUGAUUAAUUACUUAAUUAAUUAAUCAAUUAUUUUUUUAAGUGUUUAUCACCACCAUCGAUUAGUCUGAGUGUACAUGUUUCCGCUUAUUAUAAUAAUUGAUAUAAACCUAUUCUUUUUGUAUAUGGUUAAUUGAAUGAAUCUGUUUUAUUUCAUUUUUUUACUUUUGAAUUAAUCUAUAUUAUGACAAUGAGAUAUACAUAGACAAUCUGAUUCAAUUUACUUAUUGAAUUCAAUGACACAGUAAUGGUUGUUACUUUUUAUUUUCUUCAUAAACUGAUCAGUUGUUUCUUUACUCAUUUUGUUUUUUUGGUUUUCAUAUUUGAUUUAGAAAAGGAGGAAAGUAUUUUGUAAAAACAAAAAGUCAAUUAUAAUGCACUAUAAUCUACAUUAUUAACACAAAAUGACAAAUAUAACUAUUGUAAAGUGAUAGGUUAGGUAAAAGUUAAGUAAUCAAAUUAUUGUAAUUAUUACUAUUAUUAUGAAAAUAUACUUGUAGAUUUGG